CGAUUUGACAUGAGACCAAGUUGGUUGGCGAGUUUAGCCAUAUGAAAAUAUUGAAAUAUACGGUCCGAUUUGAUUCGCUCAAAUAAUUGAUUUGAUAAAAAUAAAUACAAUUUCAAAAAAUUUCAUUGGAACAGCCGGAUUUGGACCUAUCCGAUACAAACCAACUCUUUGUGCAGUGUUACUCAAACCGGUGUUUGCGUAACAGUAUCAUAUGAGAGUCCGAUCUAACAAACCUCCUACGGUAACCCAAACCGAUGGACAAAUUAAAGGUACAAGAACUGAACGAUUAAACCAAAGAUGAACCAUAGUUUCAAAUGACCCUACUACUGAAUUUCCGCACAAUAAAUUGUGAGAAGACUUUUAUCAAAAUUUUGUACUUUCGAUUUGAAUGUUUGAAUAAUCUGACCCCACGCCAUCCCCAAACAAAUUCCCCACUUGUUCUGUUCUGUUUCUGUUACAUAUCGGUGUUUUUUCCUCACUCCUACUAUCAAGGAACCGCAGGACAACGACGACUCUGUCUUCUCCUUCCCCUGUUUUGUUUAAAAUCCCCAUCUUGGAGCACGCCACUACCAUUACUCUUCCUCCUCCGCCAAUGAAAUAGCACAAAUUUCCAGCUCCUUCCUCCUAUCUUCGUCUACAUUUCUCCAUUUCACGAUGUCAGUCCUCUCUCUCUCUCUCUCUCUCUCACAUUCAUUUACUGGCUUCCCCUGCAUGCAUUACCCUCUGUUCUAAUUGAUUCAAGUCCGCAUUUCUAUAGAUCUGGUUUUGUGAUUAGAUAAAUUCAUUGUUGAAGCUUCCACGUUUUUGUGCAGGAAAGAGGGGAAGCAAGGUUAAGGCCUUUCCGUUUUCCCGCAUUCCUCUGAUUCGUGUGGGAUUGCCGAAAGUUUCGAGCUUUUCCGGGUUGUUGCUCUGUUUGGUUCCCAAGAAAAGAAAAUCCCCCACCUUUUCCCACAAUCCCAAGCAUCUAAUUUGUUGCGUGGUAGUAAGCAAACUAGCACAGCACAAAUACCCAGAUAGGAAAAACAAUGUCGAAGCCAAACCCAAAUCCCCAAUUGAUUCCUCCAUCCCAAUCACGAACCAAGCUCCCAGAUUUCAAACAAACAGUGAAGCUCAAAUACGUCAAACUAGGUUACCAUCACCUAAUCACCCAUGGGAUGUACCUCUUUUUAUCCCCACUAGCCCUGCUAAUCUUCGCGCAGCUAUCCACAUUCUCAGCUCAAGAUCUCCAAGACCUAUGGAAUCACCAUCUCCAAUCCAACCUAUUCUCAGUAAUCCUAUGCACCACCCUCAUAGUCUUCUUCCUGACCCUCUACUUCCUAACUCGCCCUCGUCCAAUCUACCUCGUAGACUUCUCCUGUUACAAGCCCGACGACGCCAGACAAUGCACCAGACAGAUCUUCAUGGACAGGUCGAGCUUAACCGGCACUUUCACCGAGCAAAGCCUCGAUUUCCAGCGCAAGAUCCUCGAAAGGUCCGGUCUUGGUGAGUCAACUUACCUCCCACAAGCUGUUCUCAAUGUUCCGCCUAAUCCUUGUAUGGCCGAGGCUAGGAAGGAAGCAGAAACUGUGAUGUUUGGUGCAAUUGAUGACUUGUUUGCCAAGACUAAGGUGAAGCCUAAAGAUGUUGGCAUCUUGAUAGUGAAUUGCAGCUUGUUUAACCCUACACCAUCUUUGUCUGCCAUGGUGAUUAACCACUACAAGCUUCGUGGCAAUGUGAAAAGUUACAAUCUUGGUGGGAUGGGGUGUAGUGCUGGCUUGAUCUCGAUUGAUCUCGCUAAGGAUCUUCUCCAGGUGAAUCCAAAUUCGUACGCUUUGGUAAUUAGUAUGGAGAACAUUACAUUGAAUUGGUACUUUGGGAAUGAUAAGUCAAUGCUUCUGUCGAAUUGCUUGUUCCGAAUGGGAGGUGCUGCAAUUUUGCUCUCGAAUAAGAGUUCGGAGAGGAGGCGUGCCAAGUAUAGUUUGGUUCAUACUGUGAGGACCAACAAGGGGUCGGACGAUAAGUGCUUCUCUUGUGUUACUCAGAGGGAAGAUUCAGAAGGCAAAGUCGGGGUUUCAUUAUCAAAGGAGUUGAUGGGAGUUGCAGGAGAUGCAUUGAAGACCAACAUCACUACGUUGGGCCCGCUCGUGUUGCCAAUGUCUGAGCAACUGCUCUUCUUUGCUACAUUAGUGGCAAAGAAGCUGCUGAAGGUGAAGGUGAAGCCUUACAUACCAGAUUUCAAGCUGGCGUUCGAGCAUUUCUGCAUUCAUGCCGGAGGGAGAGCUGUGCUGGAUGAGCUUGAGAAGAACUUGCAUCUCUCGGAUUGGCAUAUGGAGCCUUCAAGGAUGACUUUGUACCGGUUUGGGAACACGUCUAGCAGUUCGCUGUGGUAUGAGUUGGCUUAUACUGAAGGGAAAGGUAGAGUGAAGAGAGGAGAUAGGAUGUGGCAGAUUGCUUUCGGGUCUGGGUUCAAGUGCAAUAGUGCGGUGUGGAAGGCUCUGCGCACUAUAAACCCAGCUAAGGAGAAGAACCCGUGGAUGGAUGAGAUUGAUCAGUUCCCGGUCGAUGUACCUAAAGUUGCUACACUCAACUGAGAGAGAGUUCUAAGUUAACAACAGCUAUAUUUUAUCUCAUCCCUCUCGCAGGGUGUUUGAGUUAUGAUAGAGACAUCAAAGUUUACUCUUAACGUAGUUGAGAAGCUUUGUUGUGUUCUUCCCCCCUGUUGUAACCUGUUUCGUUUUUCAAAUCUAGUGUAGGUUGUUAACUUAAGCCAGUAGACUGUCAAAUGGUUAGCAAAUGAAUAAGGGGUCGUUUGAGUGAUGAGAUUUAGUCACUGUGUUGAGACUUUUUAUCGUUUCGAUGAUCAGUUUAAGAUUAAUGGAAGUGUUUCAACGGGACAAGCAGCAAGCCAUUCAUGUCAUAUACAACAUUCAAAAUAUUCCAAUCGAAGGUAAGUUUGUAUAACUAUCAUCAAUCCGAGUUUUUAAGCACAAUGUACAAUCAGACCGAACCCGGAAUCCCACAAUGGAAUAAUCUUAACAAUACAGAUGGCGCCGAAUAAACUAAUCAUAUGAAUGAAUGAAUGACCUUUUCUUUUCGGGUUUCCAUUCAGUCCUUGGCGGACUUGUUGAUUAGAGACUUGUGGAUGUGAGGGAUGACACCACCUCCAGCUAUGGUUCCUUUAAUGAGGGUAUCAAGUUCUUCGUCUCCUCGGAUUGCUAGCUGCAAAUGCCUUGGCGUUAUACGUUUAACUUUCAGAUCCUUGCUUGCAUUACCAGCCAGCUCCAGCACUUCUGCAGUUAGGUACUCCAAGAUUGCUGCAGAGUAAACUGCUGCAGUGGCACCAACUCUUCCAUGAGCAGUGGCCCUUGAUUUCAGAAGGCGGUGUAUUCGUCCCACAGGGAACUGCAAACACGAUGAAAUCAAAAAUACAGGUCAGAAGGACAGAGAAACCGAAACAUAGUACUAAGGAACUAAGUUACAUUGUAACUUGAAUAAGGAUUCAAGACUACAGCCAAAAAACACCAAGGAAUAGCAAGCCAAACAACAUGAAAGCUUGAGAAUUUUGAUUCAGAAAUCAGCAGAUGUGUUGUAAUGGCUAGCACCCUGAUAUCACACAAGUUACAGGAUUGGCAAACCGCCUUCCGACUAAAUCAAAGAUCAAAGACACAGAUGAAUUCCAUGCGCUUGAGACAUGAGGACGAGUGAUGAUGAAUACCACAAGUACGAAGCAAGUUAUACUCUCAGAACCGGUUAUGCUAACCCUUUUGCGUCUUCUCAGAACCAGUUAAUGCACAGAAAGUCGGAAAUUUAAUUAUUUGAAACAACUACAAGGUCUCUUCAUCGUCGAGGUGAGUGUCAACUAGCUGGAAUCAUCACACACAUGGAUCAUAAUCCCAGACCAAGAACACCAUCACUCUCUCGGCCAAGACGAGCAGUGGUAUCCAGAACCCUAAUGAUAAACAAGACAGCAUACGGGAACCUCAAGAAGCAACACUCCACACGGAAUUCACCAAACCCAAUUACUAAAACAAUUGAUUAACAUUGUUCAAUCAAUUUCCCAUCCACGCCAUCAGCUCAUAAAUCAUCCGGACAAAGAACAUUGGCACAGACUGAAUCAACGAAACCCAGCUAAGAAAUCGGAAUCCCAAUUCGGAAGAACAAUCGAAACCCUCGACGGACAUCAAUAAAGCCGAAUAUAGACGAAUAAGAGAGAUUCUAGAGAAAGAAGGGGAGAAGAACCUGAAGGCCGGCGCGAGAAGAACGAGAGGUGGGCUUCUUCUUGUCUUUGUCUUUGGAUUGAGCUGCGGCUUUCCCAGCCAUCAAUCCUUUCGCGCCUUUUCCCGACAUCCCUUUUUAUCGAUGUUGUUCUCCAACAACAAUGACAGCAAGAGAAAGAGAUCGAUCGAGGAAAGGUUGUGUCUUGGCUCCGUCGUUCGGUAGAUCUUUGGUGGGUGAGAGAGAAAAGAGUCGACGACGCGGAGAUGGAUUGGAAAGUACGAAACUGCCCGCCAAACUAACUUUUUAUACCGUAAGAAACUAUGCCACCGCCA